GCGGCGGCGGAGCGAGACAGGCGGCCCGGGGCGGCGUGGUCCAUGAGCCGGCGCCGGAGGCAGCGCGGAGCCGCAGACUCCCCUAGCCCCGGCGCGGCCCGGGCUGCCGCGGGCUGAGUCGUCGCGGGGCUCCGGGGAACGCCCCAAGCUGCCACCAUGAACCCCGAGAAGGAUUUCGCGCUGCUCACGCCCAACACCAUGCGCGCCUUCAGUGACAAGCUCUACGAAAGCUGAAGGUGGCAGCGCUGGAGAUAGACAGACAAAGGGAAACGGAGACCCAGAAAAGGGAAAGGACCGUGACCCAGCCAACGCCUCCCAGUCAGCAGCAGAACCUGGGAAAGCCCUGCCCCGAGAUGCCUGACUCCCAAUUCCUCUUUCUAAACAGCCCCUCUCUGCUCCCUCUCCAGGCUGGUCCGGGAGUUCGUGGCCCAGAACAACACCGUGCAGAUCAAGCAUGUGAUCCAGACGCUGUCUCAGGAGUUUGCCCUGUCCCAGCACCCACACAGCCAGAAAAGGGCCUCAUCAGCCUGGCCGCCUGCUCCAUCGUGCUGGGCAAGGACAUCGUGACGGAGAGCAACAAGUUCGACCUGGUGGGCUUCAUCCCCUUGUUGCGGGAGAGGAUUUAUUCCAACAACCAGUACGCCCGGCAGUUCAUCAUCUCCUGGAUCCUGGUUCUGGAGUCCGUGCCAGACAUUAACCUGCUGGAUUAUUUGCCGGAGAUCCUGGAUGGACUCUUCCAGAUCCUGGGCGACAACGGCAAAGAGAUUCGGAAAAUGUGUGAGGUGGUCCUUGGAGAAUUCUUGAAGGAAAUUAAAAAGAACCCUUCCAGUGUUAAGUUUGCUGAGAUGGCCAACAUCCUGGUGAUCCACUGCCAGACCACGGAUGAGAACAUUGGAACACUGACAUUUUAAUCUGUUCUGUACAAGAAUGAGUUGUGUCAACACAGUGCUCCCAGCUACAGCACUGAAAAAAACAAGUUUAAUUAAAGACAGAGAAGAAACUGCAUAUGGAGCCUAAGCCAUUGAGAUACAAUGAAGAGUGUCAUCUUCAGAGUCAGUUCUCUAUGAACAAAUCUCUUUUGUCAGUAUCAGGAGGGAAAAAAAAGACAGCAAAGUAAAGGUGUGCUGUAUACCACAGGAAACUCUGCUCAAUAUUCUGUAAUAAAUGGGAAAAGAAUUUGAAAAAGAAUAGAUACAUGUAUAUGUAUAACUGAAUCAGUUUGCUGUACACCUGAAACUAACACAACAUUGUUAAUCAACUAUACUCCAAUAUAAAAUAAAAAUUUUUUAAAAACAGGUGAAUGGAUAAAGAUGUGGUGUGUAUAUAUACAGUGGAGUACUACUCAGCUGUAAAAAAGAAUGAAAACUUGCCACUUGCAGCAAGAGGGAUGGACCUGGAGGGUAUUAUGCAGUUCAUAUUCUUAUUAUGAAAUAAGUCAGAGAAAGACAAACACUGUAUGAUAUCACUUAUAUGUGGAAUCUAAAAAAAUACAAUGAACUAGUGAAUAUAACAAAGAAACAGACUCACAGAUACAGAGAGCAGACAAGUGGUUACCAAUGGAGGGGGGGAGAGGGGCAAGAUAGGGGUAGGGAAUUAAGAGGUACAAACUAUCAGGUAUAAAAUAAAUAAGCUACAAGGAUAUAUUUUACAACAGAGGGAGUAUAGUCAAUACUUUACAAUAACUAUAAAUGGAGCAUAACCUUUAAAAAUUGUGAAUCACUAUAUUUUACACCUGUAACAUAUAAUAUUGUACAUCAACUAUACUUCAAUGAAAAAAUUAAGGGUACUUUCCUGGUGGUGCAGUGGUUAAGAAUCUGCCUACCAAUGCAGGGGACACGGGUUCGAUCCCUGGUCCAGGAAGAUCCCACAUACUGCGGAGCAGCUAAGUCCACGCACCACAACUAUUGAAGCUGACGUGCCACAACUACAGAAGCCCGUGCACCUAGAGCCCGUGCUCCACGACAAGAGAAGCCACCACAAUGAGAAGCCCAUGCACUGCAACGAAGAGUAGCCCCUGCUCGCCGCAACUAGAGAAAGCCCAUGCACAGCAACAAAGGCCCAACACAACCAAAAAUAAAUAAAUAAAUUUAUAAAAAAUAAAACAUCAGACUUUCUGUGCAAUUGUGAGGGUUUUUUUUUUUCUAAUGUUUAUUAGAAAAUUCAAAGGAAUCUUUAAACAAUAACAUAAGCCUUUGGGUGCUCAGAUCUCUUACUGGUUUAUAGAAGUCAUAAAAGAGAGGCCAUCAUUUUUCACUAGCUAAAACAUAAAACAGUAUUUUGUAAUUAAUUGUCAUUUUACAUACCUAUAUAAACAUAAACCUUAGUGUUUAAGCUUUCAAAAAUUGUGAUGAGAAGUUCUUUUAAGCAAACAAAUUGAACUGUGAAGGUUAAAGAAAGGUAGAAAACAACAACUCAAUUAUUCAACCAAUAUUUAUUAAGCACCCCCCUCGUGCAAAGCCUCUUGGGAAAUACAAAUAUGACCGAGAUGCAGAUGCUGCCUGUGUGGGGCUUGCUGUAUAGCAAAUAACUGUUUCUGACCUUCCAUUUGCAAAAAUGGGCAGUGUUCCACAGGCUCUGUAAAUUUAAAAUGCUCUGUAGGGCAUUUUGAAUUGGUUUGUAUUCUAAAGGAAAUGGGCAGGACAAUAAUAUAAAGCAUGGUAAAAAAUGUACCCCUUAAGUUUUCUCCCCAUUUUCCAUUAAAACUUUAGCUUCUCUAAAAAUUGUGAUCAUGUUGAUAAACUAUGUGCAUAUUGCCUAGGAAUGAAAAAAAAAAGGUGUGAUGCUAUAAAGGAAAAACAUGGUGGUAUCAAAUGUCAAUAUUCAAACUAAGUACUAAAACUUAGUAUUUGUGUAGUACUUACUACUUACUUCCAGAGUUUGAACAGUACUCCUAACAUCAUAAAACAUCUUUGGAUAUAAGUAGAUACCUAUUAACCACAUAUGUGUUAUAAAAGAUAGAGCUGAAGUACAAAAAGAGAAAGAAGCUUAGCCAAGAUCACAAGGUAAUGGUUUAACAAAAAUGAAUAAUACUUUUACUGGGUUUAUUCCAGAAUGUUGGUUAUAUUCCUUCCUCAAAUUCUAAUUUGAAGAAAAAAAGUACCAUUAUCACUACUGUUUUCCAAAGUUAAGCACAGCUCUAACUACAUUCUAACAGUGGCUCGCCUGCAUGUCUCUGCCCUUCUGCCAGGGCACCUACCAUCAGAGAGGCAGGACAGCACAGUGAAAAGAAAACAGGGCAGAUGGGCCCAGAUUCCAGCCUCAGCUCUACCACUUCCCAGCUCAGUAACUUCUGGGCAGGUUACCUAUUUGAGAUUUAUUUUGAUUGCACCAGGUCUUAGUUGCAGCUCACCAACUCCUUUAGUUGCAGCAUAUGUGCUCCUUAGUUGUGGCAUGGGAACUCUUAGUUGCGGCAUGCAUGUGGGAUCUAGUUCCCUGACCAGGGAUAGAACCCAUGUCCCCUGCACUGGAAGGCAGAUUCUUAACCACUGCACCACCAGGGAAGUCCCUCUUUUCCCUCAUCUAUAAAAUAGGGUUGAUAGCAACUACUCAAUAGUGUUAUGAUAAUGCUUCGACAGGAUAAUAUAUGCAAAGUACUCUGUUCAUUUCUUGGCAUAUACAGUUGAUCCUCCAUAAAUAAUAUUAACUAUUGAUUUCUAUAUCACUGACCAUUUGCUGGUAUUACAUGUUAUCGUACUCUCCAGAUUGUAUAUUUCUUAUGACUGCAACUUCUCUUUCUUCCUGUAAUAUAGCCUAACUCACCUUAGCGGGCAUGUUUAGUACUAAAUACCUACUGGUCUGCUCAUACAUCUAUAACUUGGCUUUUUUGCAGCACAGUAUUACAGAAUGUUUUAUUAGUAUGGGCUCAUUGUCAACACUGCCCACUGUAACUGAUUACAUUUCAAUCCUGGCAUUGAUACUUAAUAGUGUACAACUUUUGGCAAGUUACUUAACUAACCUAUGUCUCAAACUUCCUCAUCUGUAAGAUGGAGAUGUAAAAAUAUUUUAUAUUUAUAGGGCUGCUGUGAAGACUAAAUAUGUUAAAUAUACAUAAAGCUAUUAGAAUAAUGCCUGGUCCAAAUAAGAGCACAAAAAACAUUUGCUAUUACCUGAUAAAUAUAUACGCACAAUGAAUAUUAUUUUAUAUUUAUUGUAAUAGUAUUAAAUAUUCCUCAGAAUUUAUAUGACACAAAGUUGUAGGAAGAGUGAGCAGGAUAAAUAUCAGCAUAAGAACAAUAGGAACAUUUAUAAAGGGAAAAUGCUGACAAAUAUAAGAUAGAAAGUAAGUGAAUAAGAAUUAAUACAAAGAAAGAAUACGGGCUUUACAGAGGGCACCAAACUUGAGUGAGUUAAUAAAUGUAACAGAAUACAACAAACAAAACUGCCAUACUUUAACUGUAUUAGGGACAGCAUCAUGGAGAAGACAGGAGGAAGAUUCAGAGAUGACAAAGGAAAUACAGGUUAUUCAAAAACAAAAAAGACAUAAGCAAAUGUAUGAGAGGAAUAUUGAAGGCCCAUUUGGAGGCCAGUAAACAGAUUUGUCUGCCUGGAACUAAGAGCUCAUGUAGGAGAAUGCCUGAUACAGUGCUCUCAAUUCCUUUCCCCUAGAGCUUAGCGUGGACACAAACAGUGCUCAUUAAUUAUCUAUGUAAAAGACAGAAUGAAUUCCAACUGCAGCUAGUCUAAAAUGCUAGAUUAAGCAGAGCUUCCCAGUAAGUAUACCAAGGCAUACUGGUGUGCCCAAAUUAGGUGACGGCUGUACUGAGAGGGUGACUCAGCCCUUAGAAUCCAAAACCUCCAGUCAUAAGACGGCUUGCUUCCUACCCCAGUGUACCACACAAAUAUCAUCAUUUUCUAAGUGUACCAUGCCAUAAAAAGUUGGGAAACAUUGAGUUUAAAAUAUGGCUAUUAGGCAGUAUGUGAUGGGUCAAAGAAAAAGAAGACUAAAUAGAAGAGGAUAUACUGUGCAACAGUCAUUGCCUAGUUUGCUGGUACUGUGGAAAAUCAAGAGGGAAAAGACAAGGAGCAAAAAGAGCCAUUCAAAACUGCUGUUAAUAGGCAAGGCCCAAAAAACAGGCCUAAAUUAGACUAGCAACAAACGAGAUAAAACAGGUUGUGAAAGAAUAAGUGCUUAGAGGCCAGGUUAGUUCAGUUCAGUAAACACUUAUUGCUGCCUAUUAUGUGUCAGCCAUUUGCUGGGCAGUAGGGAUUUAAAGUGAAGAAAUUAUUCCAGUCAUUAGGAAUUUUUUUUUUAACUGUAGAAACAAUUCCAGGUUUUCUUUAACAUUCUAUUUCACCUUAGCUUGAAGAAUAAAGGAAAUAUUAAAAGGUGUUACAUACUGCACUAUAAACCAAAGGUGGUUUUAACUUACUCACUGAAGUUUCCAAAAGUAAGCCUUUUUCAGUUAAAAGGCUCAAUAUCAGGACCCUUAGGGCUAUGAACAGAAUCCUGUGGCACAGUCACCGAAACACAACAGCUGUACGAAUAGUUCUUAAUAUAUUUGUAUCUGAGCAAGUGUUAGAAUGCAUGCUAUUGGCAAAUUCCUUCUAGGCUUUAGGAGAAGAUAGUAACAGCUAUCAUAUAUUAGGGGCUCACUAUAUAUCAAGCAUCGUGCUAUUUUACAUAUAUUAUAUCAUUUUAUCCUCCAAAUAUCCCCAAAGGGUAGGUAUUAUUAUUCUCACUUUGUUCAUAAAAACCAAGGCUUAGAAUAUUAUCACCUGUCCAAGGUUAUCCAGCUAGUAAAAUGGCAGAGCCCGAAUUUAACACAGGCCCACCUAACUCUUAAGUCUAUGUUCUCAUUAAAUGCAUUUUAAUAAAUAAGUCAUUCAAGAAAGGGCUUCAAGGAAGACACCUGAGAUACAAAGAAAGAAGAGCCACUGAGGCAAACAUGGGCAAGGCCCACCUGCACUGUUCUAGGAGAAGGUGUGCUUGCCCAAGGCUUAACUGCCUAGAUCCACAUUAUAAGGUCUGUGUUUUAGUUUUUCAUUGCUGCUGUAACCAAUUUCCACAAAUUUAGUGGCGUAAAACAAUACAGAUUUAUUGUUGUACAGUUUUAUAGGUCAGAAGUCUGACAUGAGUCUCACUGGUCUAAGAUCAAGGUGUCAGCAGGGCUGUAUUCCCUUCUGAGAACUCUAGGAGAGAAUCUACUUCCUUGCCUUUUCCAGCUGCUAGAGGCCACCAGCACUCCUUGGCACGUGGCCUCUCGCCAUCAUCUUCAAAGCCAGCAGUGGUGGGUUGAGCUCUUCCCAUACUGCCCUAUCUCUUGUUCUUCCAUAAUCCCAUCACCCUUUCACCACAGAAAGGUUCUCCCAUUAUAAAGAAAUGUGAUUACAGUGGAUUAUCUAGGCGUGUCCAAUCUAAUCUCCCCAUCUCAAGGACUUUAACUUAAUCACAUCUGCAAAGUCCUCUCUGCUGUGUAAGGUAACAGGUUGUAGGGAUUAGGACACAGGUAUCUAUGGGGGUUGGUGGGGGCAUUAUUCUGCCAACCACAUUCUGACUAAGAGAGUGGUGCCACUCCAUGUUUGAACCAUCUAACUAGCCUCCUUAUUCUGGUUCCAUAUGUGCCAGGCAACUUACUGAGGACACUUUAGCUUCCCCUACAGCUUACUUAUAGGAUCAGUCAGGGGUUGAGGUUGAGGGUAUAUUUAACAGGUCUACAUCUAUGAUAAAAAAAAAAAAAAAAACUUGAAAAUCAUGAUUAAGAAGCUGUAUAUAAUGAGAUAUAUCUAAGAAUGCGGUUAUAUGUCACUCUCUUUGAUUUACAAGACUUUUAUCAACAAAGAUUAGUUACAGUUUUCUGACUGUACCUGUGUGAUCAAUCAAAUGGUUUGAAGUAGAAUGUCCUUGGAAGGCAGCAGAGAAUUUCAAAUCAAUAACUUGUAAAACUUGGAUCACAUGGUUGCCUAGAGCUGGAAUAUUGGGGGAGAAUAGAGAGUGACUGAUAAUGAGUAUGGGGUUUCCUUUUGGGAAAAUAAAAAAUGUUCUAAAAUCGAUUGUGGUGAUGGUUGCACAACUCUGUGAAUAACAAAAAAUUCAUUGCACUGUACAUUUUAAAUGAGUGAAUUGUAUGGUAUUGAAUUAUAUCUCAAUAAAGUUGUUAAAAGAAAACCAGGUCACAAAGAGAAGGCAAUGAGAGGAGGAUCUGAUUAAAUACUAGGAUGAAAUGGGGCCGGGGGGCAUCUUAUGAUCUUAAUGAAGAUUCUUCCUUAAUGCCUACUACUUUCCUCCUUCUUUCCUCUACUCUAGCUUUUUAUAGAUUCUGCUCUUGGAAAAGUCACAACUUCCCACCUCUUUCCUGUUUCUUAGUUUACUAAUCAAUCAGUAUACACAUACAACAUAUACAACAAACUUAUUCCAUAAAUUAUAAAUAACAUAGAAUGUGAUUCCAAUGUUAACUCCCUCUGCUCUUUACUAAAGAGUAAGUAUGGAUGAAAGGAACGUUCCCAUCCUGAUCCUGUUUUAGAUGCUCAUGUUUUGUCACCCUUAUUCUGUAUUGUGUGCUGAUUCUCUAUAUGACCUGAAUCAUUCCAUGUGCCAUAAGAGCCUAUGUAAAAUUCUUGCCUCCUUGUAUCAAGAUUCUCAUAUUAAAUUCAAAGAAUUUUUGUUCUGUUUUAUAGUUGUAACUAUUACAGUGCCCAGUAGUGACUCCCCUGAUCUGUACAAUGUUACUGAAUGAGCUC